GAGCUGGGACUCGGACCCCGGACUGAGUGGGGCCCGGGCAGAAGCUGAGCACCCUGCGCCCGAGGAGCCCCCGUUGGUCUGGGGGGGCUGAGGGACUGAGCCCCCCAGAGCAGGACCUCCCCCUGGAAGGGCCGCGCCGCAGCCCGUGGGAGGGCCUUGCCCCCGGCGCCCCCCAUCUCCACUCGCCGCCGUCCCGGCCUCCGCCGGAGGGAGGGGCCGAGCGCCCUCGGGGGGCCGUGGACCCCGGCGUUCUGAGCGUUCCGCGCCCCGCGCCGCCCGGCCCCCCCGCCGCCGAUGGCCGCCGACCCGCCGGGAGCUGCCGAGAAGGGAGAGAUGGCUCCCGGGACACGUGUGAGCCCUCGGCGUUGCUGACGCCCCCAAUGUCGUCGAGCAGCCGGGGGCCGGGGGCCGGAGCGCGCCGACGCCGAACCCGCUGCCGUCGCUGCCGGGCCUGUGUGCGAACUGAGUGCGGGGACUGCCACUUCUGCCGAGACAUGAAGAAGUUCGGGGGGCCCGGGCGCAUGAAGCAGUCGUGCCUGCUCCGGCAGUGCACUGCCCCCGUGCUCCCACACACAGCUGUGUGCCUCUUGUGUGGGGAGGCUGGGAAGGAGGACACAGUGGAGGGAGAAGAAGAGAAAUUUGGUUUGAGCCUCAUGGAGUGUACAAUCUGCAACGAGAUCGUCCACCCUGGCUGCCUGAAGAUGGGGAAGGCUGAGGGUGUCAUCAAUGCGGAGAUCCCCAACUGCUGGGAGUGCCCUCGCUGCACCCAGGAAGGCCGGACCAGCAAGGAUUCAGGUGAGGGACCAGGCCGCCGCAGGGCUGACAACGGCGAGGAGGGCGCCAGCCUGGGGAGUGGAUGGAAGCUGACGGAGGAGCCGCCGCUUCCACCACCCCCACCCAGGCGCAAGGGGCCCCUACCUGCUGGGCCCCCCCCAGAGGACGUGCCUGGGCCCCCCAAAAGAAAGGAGAGGGAGGCAGGGAAUGAGCCCCCCACCCCAAGGAAAAAGGUGAAAGGAGGCCGAGAGAGGCACCUGAAGAAGGUGGGUGGAGACGCCUGCCUCCUGCGAGGAUCGGACCCAGGCGGCCCUGGCCUUCUGCCCCCCAGGGUUCUGAAUCCAAGCCAGGCUUUCUCGUCCUGCCACCCUGGGCUCCCUCCCGAGAACUGGGAGAAACCAAAGCCGCCUUUGGCUUCUGCUGAGGGCCCGGCGGUGCCGUCUCCAUCACCACAGAGGGAGAAGCUGGAGCGUUUCAAGCGGAUGUGCCAGCUGCUGGAGCGGGUGCCUGACACCUCCUCGUCCUCCUCAGAUUCAGACUCGGACUCCGACUCGUCAGGCACAUCGCUGAGUGAGGAUGAGGCCCCUGGCGAGGCCCGGAAUGGGCGACGGCCAGCCCGGGGCAGCUCGGGCGAGAAGGAGAACCGCGGGGGGCGGCGGGCUGUGCGCCCUGGAAGUGGGGGGCCCCUCCUCAGCUGGCCCCUGGGCCCCGCCCCACCACCCCGGCCCCCACAGCUGGAGCGGCAUGUGGUACGGCCCCCACCUCGAAGCCCUGAGCCUGACACGCUGCCUUUGGCUGCUGGAUCCGACCACCCCCUGCCCCGCGCCGCCUGGCUUCGUGUCUUCCAGCACCUCGGGCCCCGAGAGCUGUGCAUUUGCAUGCGAGUCUGCCGGACUUGGAGCCGCUGGUGCUAUGACAAGCGUCUGUGGCCUCGAAUGGACCUGAGCCGGCGGAAGUCACUGACCCCGCCCAUGCUUAGUGGUGUGGUUCGUCGCCAGCCUCGAGCCCUGGACCUCAGCUGGACAGGUGUCUCCAAGAAGCAGCUCAUGUGGCUUCUGAACCGACUGCAAGGCCUGCAGGAGCUGGUGCUCUCCGGCUGCUCCUGGCUUUCCGUCUCUGCCCUGGGCUCAGCGCCACUGCCGGCCCUGCGGCUCCUGGACCUCCGCUGGAUCGAGGAUGUUAAAGACUCCCAGCUCCGCGAGCUGCUGCUGCCUCCGCCAGACACCAAACCAGGGCAAACAGAGAGCCGUGGGCGGCUGCAGGGGGUAGCAGAGCUGCGCCUGGCGGGCCUGGAGCUGACAGAUGCCUCCCUGCGGCUCCUGCUGCGCCACGCACCCCAGCUGAGUGCCCUGGACCUGAGCCACUGCGCCCACGUCGGGGAUCCCAGCGUCCACCUCCUCACGGCCCCCACGUCCCCACUCCGUGAGACUCUGGUACACCUUAAUCUUGCUGGUUGCCACCGCCUCACGGACCACUGCCUCCCGUUGUUCCGCCGCUGCCCGCGCCUACGCCGCCUAGACCUGCGCUCCUGUCGCCAGCUCUCACCUGAAGCUUGUGCCCGGCUGGCAGCUGCCGGGCCCCCUGGCCCCUUCCGCUGCCCAGAAGAGAAGCUGCUUCUCAAGGACAGCUAGUUGGGCGCCCCCCACCUUCCCCCAGGACUCAUCAGGAGCCUGGACCUCGGGCCUUCAUUUCACCCCUGCUGGGAGGCCAGGUUACCCACCUCAUGACUUGGGAUUCCUGAGUUUUCUGACUUGGGAUUCCUGCCCAGGGACUCGAGCCAGCCUCCCCCCAUCUCUACCCCCUGCACUGAUAUCUCUGGGGGUCUCUCCUUCCCAUCCCCUCCCCCUUCCACCUGCUUCAUUGUCCAUCCCCUGGGGGGAGUGGGUCAGAGGUACUGGGGGGUGCUGAGCCAAAGGGAUGGUGGGAGGGGGGUUAAGGUGCAAGUUUGAGGGAGGGAGAAUGGGGAAAAGGUAUCUGCACAGA